CUAUGGUUGCGUUGGUUUGAUUAAAAAUAUUGGUGCCACCACGAGCCAACCGCUUAAGCCCGGCUCGCGUAAAAUCGAAGAAAAGUGACGCGUCCAUCCUGCUGUGCGCUGUGACGCGGCUACCUGUGGAGUGACGCAUGCGUAGAACGCCGCCGCGGCGCCAUCCGGAGCAGCUACAGCCAGAGGGAAACAAGGUGCCUGGUUUUCGAGAACAAAAACCCAACGCGACAAUGUCGGGAUUUGACAGCAACCCAUUCGCCGAACCCAUGGACAUGAAUCCCUUCCAGGAUGCUUCUGUCACUCAGGCCACCCGAGGAGCCGCUGAUGGCAUUCGGGAUUAUAACCCAUUCUCCACUGAAUUGAAGGACCGCAGUGAGACCACCAUCCCCAUCUCAGCUGUUUCAUCUCAACCCGCCAUACUGCAAACCUCAGUGGAGCAGAGUUCACAAGCGUCUGUUGCGGUAGCUGCAGGUCAAGCUAAUCUUGUCAAGCAGCAAGAAGAACUGGAGAGGAAGGCAGCAGAGUUGGAGAGAAAGGAACAGGAACUUCAGAACAGGACACCCCAGAACACAGGGGUCAAAGAGAACAACUGGCCUCCCCUGCCCAAGUUUUUUCUUGUGAAGCCAUGCUUUUACCAAGACUUUGAGGCAGACAUCCCAGAAGAAUACCGACGGAUCUGUAAAAGAAUGUACUACCUGUGGAUGUUCCACAGUGUCACACUGUUCCUCAACGUGCUGGCCUGCCUGGCCUACUUCACAGUGGACUCUCAGUAUGGCGUCGACUUUGGCCUGUCCAUCCUCUGGUUCCUCCUCUUCACCCCCGUUUCCUUCGUCUGCUGGUACAGACCCGUGUACAGAGCCUUCAGGUCUGACAGUUCCUUCAGCUUCUUUUUCUUCUUCUUUGUUUUUUUCUUCCAAGUGGCUGUGUACAUCAUUCAGACUGUGGGAAUCCCCAAGUGGGGCAACAGUGGCUGGAUUGCGUCCAUCAGCAUGAUCAACACGAACUUGGCUGUGGCCGUUGUUAUGAUGGUGGUGGCGGGCUUUUUCACCGUAAAUGCGAUCCUGGCAGUCAUGCUCCUAAAAAUGGUCCACUACAAGUACAGACGUACCGGAGCCAGCUUCACCAAGGCUCAACAGGAGUUCUCCAGCGGUGUCCUGACCAACAGAACCUUCCAGUCUGCUGCUACGACAGCUGCUCAGGGAGCUUUUAGCAGCAACUAAAGCAUUAGAUCGUGCCCUAUUUCCAUGGGCUCUUACACUAGUUAUAUACCUGGGGCACAGAUCAUAAUAAUUGGGGGGAUAAAAGGAAAGAAAGAAAUAACUUGACCACAAACAUGCUUCCACAUGGUUGUUUGUGUCAAACGUGCGAUAUACAGUGACCAUGGUCAAAAGCUGUAUAUGAAAAUGUGUGAGUCAAGACAUGGAUCUUGAAUGGUGUAUGAAUUGCACAUUCUUUGGAAUGCACUCUACAUAGAGUCCCUCAUCACUGUAUAGUGAAACAUGAGGCUGCUAUCAAACUAACAAAGCUGAAUUGGAGCAAAGAGACGGGGCAAAUGACAUUUCAUCACCACCCAAAAAAGGACUUGAAUGUUUGGUAAUGUCAAAGUGCAGUUGGUAUGCUACUUUUGAAAGCCCUGUCAACUUCGUUUUGAGGUUUCGAUCCCGCAGAGUCCGAUUUGAUUUUUUUCUUGUCACAUUUUUUUUCCCACCCUCACGACGGAACACACAAACCACAGAGAGCAAUGGUGAAAAGGGCAUGCUUAAUGUGAAAUUGUUAAUUCUGGUCAUGUGCAACGGAACCCUGAUAAAGAACAGGUUGGCUGCUGAAACCGGUAUGGUCCAAACGUGUGAAAACAGAUGGCCGAGGUCAAUUAUUUUCAUUGUCUCUGCCACCUCAGCCUUGGUAGUACUGUUUCUCUGGGUGUAGGUUACUUGUUACUGCUGCCAUCAUUUAUGUUUUUUCUUGCACAUACUUCUGAUACGUAAUGAAGAAUAGGCCAUGAAGGAGUUGCUUUGCUCAAAUGAAGUGAGAAAAGUCACUGUUUACAGGCUGACAUUAAGUUGUGCCUGGAGCAGCUGGUUGAUACAUUUUGAUUAACGAGCAAAGGAACACAAUCUCUGUGUCAAUUUUCUAGACACUGCUAAUUGUAUUACGAAUGGCACCGAUGUGAAACAAAAUCAAUGUUGAUAAUCAAUUCAGCCUGUUAGUUAUUAGCUUGUCGUUAAUAGUCGGUGGUUUUUAAAAAUUGUAGUUGUUGUGUGUGUGUGUGCGCGCGCGCUUGCGUGUGUGUGCUUUUCACCCCCUGCUUCGGGAAACAUUUUAUCCAAAUUAGCAUUCCUAAGUCUGGUGUAUGUGUCACUGGUUUGUCUUGACCAUUUACAAUUUCACGUUCAGUUUUUAAGCCAGCUUUACAAAUGUCUAAUCUUGCAGUUGAUAACCACUUUCAACUGUUCAAAUAGCCCCAAUCUGGGUUGAAGAUGAUAAAUAUGAAGGAUGCCUAAAAUGCAUUCCCUUUUCCUUUGAAGAAUAGACAAGUUUUACUUGUUGGGGAAGAGAAACUUGAUGUGCAAAGAAAAACCAAGUACGAGUAAGGGCCACAGAAUGCAGUUUAACUUAACUCUUUGCUGUCUCUCUUAAGGCACUGUAAAUGAUUUUGUUGUGUGUCUGUGCCUUAAGCAGAUGUAAAGUUACAUACAUGUUUCCAUAGAUUUUUUUUGGGGGGGGGGCGUUGUCAUAUACCUUUUUCCUUCUCUUUGCUUACUAAAGAAAUUAUUUGUUCUUAAGAACGUAUUAUGGUAUGUUGCAUGUAUGGGUAAAUUAUUUUGAUGUACAAUUAGGGUUUCUGACGGGACAGUUGACUAAAUAAAUCCCUCCUUAAUGUUGUGAA